AUAUGUUUCAAUCACCUGAAUAUAGUAACACAUUGUCACUGAAGUUAUCUGAGGUGUUAGAGGAUGUUGGUAUCAAUGAAAAAAUGAUAAUGAAAAGAAGAAGGGCUUUCAUGCUGAUAGAGAAUAUUCUAACUGUGGCAAAGAGGUCAAAAGAUGUGAACCGGACGGUAUAUUGUUUUGGGAGUCAAUCUGAAGGCACAACUACUUUAGAACUUGAUUCAGAUGUUGACAUACUCUAUUUUGAUCAUGAUUAUAAUGUAAUACGGGACUGGUCAGAGUGGAAACAGAAUAAAAAAAAUCUUCUUAUGAUACGGGAUGAGGAUGUAACACCUGGAUAUUGUUUUCUACAGGUACUUCGAUCUGAUGAACCUCUCUUUGAGACAAACAUUAUUUGCGCAGAUUAUUUCAGAGAUAACAAAGGGAGGAUAUUAUUGAAAAAUACAUGUGUCACUGGUAUACAUGAAGGUACUGAGAGACACGGUCCAUCUAUUGCUAGGCCCAAGAAAGGAAAAUACAAAGCCUUUGAUACGGUACUUGCGUUUCCCUGUAAUUCAUGGCAACAGUCAGCUUCACAUUUACAAGAAAGACAUAGAAUAGGGGGAUGGCCAACAUCAGAAAUGAUCAGAUAUGCUGUUAGUAAUGGUUGUUUUGUUGUUGGUGCUAGCAGUAAGAUUAGUACUUACCCGGAACUAGAAUGGAGAAUAUCUACAUCAUUUGGGGAAAGAUGCUUCAUGUUCAAUCUAAACAUUACACAAUUACAUUCUUAUGUUUUGAUGAAAUUUAUUUUGAAAUCUUUCCUAACACCUCAAAGAGAAAGUUCUUUGUCUAGUUUUAUGUGUAAAACGGUAGUUUUACAUUGUAUACAAAACGCCGACCGAACCAUUUGGAGAAAGAACAAUCUGUUCACAUGUUUAACAUAUUGCUUGCUUGAACUGCUAUGCUAUAUUCAAAAUGGAAAUUGCCCGCAUUUUAUAAUUCCAGAAAACAACCUGAUGUCCAGACAGUUUACGCCUGUAGACAAACGUUACCUUUUAUGGAAGAUUAGUGACAUAAUACAGAGUGAUGGUAAAUGUUUGCUUGGAAUAAGUAUUGAUGAUAUCGGUUAUCGAUUACAGGUCAAACUUCUUACAAAUCGUGCAAUACCUCAUGGUGUGUCUACUGUUCGUGACAUAUCUACUGUUCGUGACAUAAAUGAACUUUCGGGUUUGUUAUUUAUCAGCAUAGCAAGACAUAUUAGCGGAAGCACAAUAGGGUUUUUAAAUUUCAUUUCAAAUGGUAGUAUAGUUAAUCUCAAACAAUGUAUCUCAAAGCUAGCAAACUAUAGUGUUCAUGGACACAGACUAGAACAGCUUGCAAGCCGUUAUCAGUUGCCGUUUCUUUAUUCUACCCUUGGAUCUAUGAUGGUGUCAUCAAAUAUUCAACAGAAUACUGCCGUUCAAUAUAACGCACUAAAAUGGCUAUCACUUGGUCUAAACUCGGAUGUAACAUCCGGCAGACUUAAACUAGCGUCAGUGUUGUAUUGUAUUGGCUUUUUGGAUGAUGUGGAGAUCAUUCUAAGACAAACUGAAAGUCGAUACAACUGUGAUAUUGUUGAACCUGUAUGUGGUUGCUGGGCUCAUCCAAUUUCUAAUCGGUCUGACAAAUUUAACAGAAAAUGUUACGAACAAAACGAAGAUUCCAUCAAUCGAAUCACAUCAUUUUGUGUCAGAUUCAUGCAAAAGGAGAUCAACUGUGUUCCUCGAGAGUUGCAAUAUGAAAUGAUAAGAUCUUCACAAGAUGACAUGCAACACAGAAGUGUUACGGAAAAACAGUGGAUGAAUUUUGCAGUGGUUGAUUCUCUCCCUUUUCUCUAUUUUUUACAGUACAAGACAUAUGGACAUCUACAAAGACACCAGGAUCAACAAUGA